AGAAGAAGCAAAGAAACCUUGAAUGAGAGCUUCCAGGACCCUAGAGCGCACAGACACAACAAGCUGGAAAGUCUCAGCUAACUGAGUUUUAAAGGACAAACGAUUCAAAAUGAUCAGAGGACAUCUUUAGUAGCUCUUUUCUGAAUUGUGAAUGUAACUUCUGACAAGUCCACUGUGCCACUCCACUGCUGAGAGAAGCUCCCCGUGUGAUGGAUCAGCUUUGCGCAACAGGUUCUCCAAAGAACAUUUAAGCUCGAACUCUGAUCCAUGUAGGGAACAAAAAGAAGCAUGCUGUCACCGCUUUGGCCCUUUGGCAUCGAGCAGGAGAUCAACUCAUGGGAUGUAGUGGAUGCAGAUUCAGGGUCAACUUUGGGAAGGCGCUGUCCAAAGUCUCGGUCUUUUUCACCAUGGUCCUAAUCUUCACCUACUUCUUCUACUGCCUCACCGGAUUUUGUGAUUCGGCUCCAAGAGCUGCAUACAGACAAGAAACUUCAGACUUGGACUAUGACAUUUUGGACGAUCUGCGGCCACCCCGGCGUCUCGUCCCCGAUGCGCCGUUUCAGCGGAACCGCACAGGCUCCGAGGACGCUCCGGCUGAGCCGUCACAGAAUACGCUGGACAGCGAAAAGGAGACUGUCCAGAGCAACGGCAUCCCCGUGUCCAACACUUUCGGGACCAAAAGGUUUCCGCAGGCGAUUAUAAUCGGCGUGAAGAAGGGAGGGACACGCGCCCUGCUGGAGUUUCUCCGCAUCCACCCGGACGUGAGAGCGUUCGGCGCGGAGCCGCACUUCUUCGACAGGUUUUACGAUAAAGGGCUGGAGUGGUACAGGAACCUGAUGCCUCGGACACUCGACGGGCAGAUCACUAUGGAGAAGACACCCAGCUACUUUGUCACCAAAGAGGCUCCAAGUCGCAUCUGCACUAUGAAUUGUCAAACCAAGCUUAUUGUCGUCGUCAGGGACCCGGUGACGAGGGCUGUGUCUGACUACACCCAGACGCUGUCCAAGAACCCAGGGCUUCCAUCCUUCCAGAGCCUCGCUUUGAAAAACUCCUCCACAGGUUUGAUUGAUACCACGUGGAGUGCUGUGCGCAUCGGCCUCUAUGCCAAGCACCUGGAGAACUGGCUCCAGUACUUCCCUUUGUCUCAGUUUCUGUUUGUUAGCGGCGAACGACUGGUGUCUGAUCCAGCUGGGGAGAUGGGCCGAGUUCAGGACUUCCUGGGUUUGAAAAGGGUUGUUUCAGACAAGCACUUCUACUUCAACCAGACAAAAGGUUUUCCCUGCUUGAAGAAGCCAGAGGGGAGCAGCAGACCCCGCUGCCUCGGAAAGUCUAAAGGCAGACCUCAUCCCCAGAUCCCCUCUGAGGUACUGCAGAGACUCAGAGAUUUCUACAGGCCCUUCAACCACCGUUUCUACCAGAUGAGUGGACAGGAUUUUGGCUGGGACUAAGCAAGAGUCUUCUUUGUGGAGAGAUGCUCAUUUACUGUUUCCACAGGGCUAAUGUUCUCAGGGUACUGGGAGAGACAAAGUCCAUUCUGCCUCAGUGGAGUCAACACGACAUGCAGCACUCAUGAACUGUCACUGUUUUGUUGUAUUUUGAGGCUCAGACGGACAUAGUGCUGCUAAUAUGAAAACGACAAAUUUAGUUAAUGGCUUAAAUAUAUAACCGUUAAACUGUUUUUGACAUUCUUUAUGUACAGAUUAGAAAGAAAAGGUGAUAUUUAUAGUUUCUGUUGAAUACAACAGGUAUUUUUUUAUUAUUAUUAUUAAAGAAGUGUAUUUAUUGCGUGACAAAGCCGGACAUAAUACCAACAUCUGACAGGACAUUGGGAGUAAUGUAAUACUCUUUGCCUGCAUUUACAUAUUUUCCAGUCUUUUGAAUGCUACAUACAGUUUGAUGUUGCAGGACAUUCCUCAGUGCAUUGCAGUUGAUAUACCAAUGAUACCUCAUUUGUAAAUAUUAAGUCGAAACCAUGCGUAGACACAUUCCAUUUGUAAGUAUUUUCCAAUAAAAGCCGCAUCAUAUUUUAUAUUGUAAUUCCUGGAUGGGAUCAAUUGUAUCAGCUGUUACUCACAAUAAAUUGCUACUUUAGAUCUGUGAUUAUUCUGAACCACUGUAACUGUAAAAAAAAAAGUGUUCAAAUUACAGUGUAUAAAAAAUGUGCCUCUGAUUCUCUGUGUUGUGAAGUAAACUUUUAUCUGAUGUGACAAACGAAUUUGUUUUCAUUUCAUGUGUUAGCGUUAAGGUCAGUUUUUGUAUGGUUACAUCAGGCUGCAAAAUUGUCACCAGAGGUUGAAGACUGUACUGUACUGCCCAUUCACUAUGUAAUACAGUUUACACAGCUGGAUCUUUUCAUAUCAAGAAAACAAAGUCCUGUGAAAACAAAGGAAUGUGUAAGUACCAUCCGUGAAAGUUUUUAGACUGUUUAAACGUUUUAAAAAUAUGGUUUCUUAGAGAAAAAGUGUCUCUGUGGCUCAGUUUGCAUCAGCUUAAGGGAUAAGUGGACCAUCUGGGGGUAAGCUGACCAUUUAAAUGAAUGAGUAAACCAAUCAAAUGAAGUUUAAAUUUCAAUAUCUUUUGAUUGCAUUUAAAGAAUAGAAUAGAAUAGAAUAGAAUAUAUCUAUUGUCACUACCAUACAUAUAUUGUACAGUGCAACAAAAUCUGAUUUUGAGCUGUACAGGUGUUCAAAGAAAGAUUAUAUUAAU